GAAAAACAAACUUUUUUGGUUAGUUUCUUGUCAGCGCCGCCAAAUGAGCUGUUGGUUGUGUGUUAUGCUGUAUUUGAUUGAAAGGUUAUAGUUGUGUCAAAUAUAAUUCCAAUUAUUUUAGUGUUAAUGUAUUAGUUGACUAUUUAUUAAAAUGGAGUGUUUAGUAGCUAAUGUUGAUCAUAUUAAGUUCGAUAUAGAAAUUGCACUCUUAGAACAGUAUGGAGCCUUACCUUUGCCUUUUGCUGGAAUGGACAAAUCUACAUCUGCUGUCUGCCAAUUUUUCAAUACACCAAAUGGAUGCCAAAAGGGCCCUCAAUGUCCUUUUCGUCAUGUUCGCGGUGACAGAACAAUUGUUUGCAAACAUUGGCUGCGAGGCUUGUGUAAAAAAGGGGAUCAGUGUGAAUUCUUGCAUGAAUAUGAUAUGACUAAAAUGCCCGAAUGUUAUUUCUAUUCCCGAUUCAAUGCUUGUCACAACAAGGAAUGCCCAUUUCUACAUAUCGACCCUGAGAGCAAAAUAAAAGACUGCCCAUGGUAUGAUAGAGGAUUCUGCAGGCACGGUCCUCAUUGUAGGCAUAGGCAUGUAAGAAGAGUAUUGUGUACAAACUAUUUAUCUGGGUUAUGUCCUGAAGGCCCGAACUGUAAAUACAUACAUCCUAGAUUUGAACUACCUGCACCCCCUGAUCAGAAUCUGAAGGAUCAGAAGAAGACUCCCGUCAUCAUUUGUCACUUUUGUGGCGAACAUGGACACAAAGCAAUUCAUUGUAAUAAAAUGGUGGACCCUACUAAAGUUUUGUUUCUCCAAUCUGAAGAUAAACAAGGCUCUGAAAAUUCGGAGGCUACUAGUGCUCAAAAUACUUACUUACAGAAGAUGCUACCAAAAAGACUGGAGGAUGUUACUUGCUAUAAGUGUGGCACUAAAGGACACUAUGCCAACAGGUGUCCCAAGGGACACUUGGCAUUCCUUUCACAAUCUAAAACUAAUAAUCAAGAACCAACUGAUCUGAACUUGUAAGAGUUUGAUUUUGUUAACAUUCGAUUUGCACAUUAUUAGGGGUAUGUUCUGAUGAUAUAAUUGAAGGAUAGAAGUCAGAAAACUUCUAAAAUAUUAUGAAAAUAUUACUGAGAGUUGUAAUAUUUGCCGUUGGUGUAUGCAGAGAGGUCACCGUUUUGUAAAUAUGGUAUAUUAGAAAACCUUUUAUUAAUUUAUAUCAGUUUCUUAUGGAUUCAAAUCGUUUUGACAAUUUUAGUAAAAAAUUUGAUAAAUCCGA